AUGUCAAUUCAAUCAGGAAGUAUAGGGAAGUUAUCGUAUCUCCCAUUAAAUCAAAUCAAAAGACCAAUUCCACCAGUAUUAGAUUAUGAUAAAAUAGAUGCAAUGUCAUCACAAUUAGAUGGUAUUCCAAUGGCAUCAAAGACAUGUACAUUAGAUGAAGCAGUUGAACUAAAUGGGGAAUUACCACCGAUUGAUGUUCUGGCCAUUAGGGAAAAUGAUCAAGUUUAUUAUUUUGCAUUUGGUGGAUGUCAUAGAUUUCAAGCUUAUGAAAGGAAAGGACCUGAAACUUUGGUGAAGUGUAAGAUCUUACCUGCAACUAAAAGACAGUUGAAAUUAUAUCUUGGUGGUUCUGUUGAUCAUAUUUUCAAAGAUGAGUGA